AUGGGUAACGCGCCUUCCCAACCUCCUGUUUCGGAUGCUGUAUCCUCAAGUUUAUCACCACGUGCACAACAACGACUCUCUCAGGCACCAACAUACAUGAACUUUUUCGAAGCAGCAGCUGUAGCUCCCUCUGCACCAGCAAGCCGACCCAAAAAACGGCCAUCAACAACAAGCGAUAAGAGUAGCACUCGAUCUGGCAGUAGCAACUCAUCCGGUCGAGUAAGCAACAACGAGAAACGAGUACCACGAUCCACAGCAACAAGCAUCAGCAACGGCCAAGGAUCAGUAUUCUCGGAAGGAUCAUCUACUUUAUUAUCCUCUUUGGGUGCAUCGACUGAUAAGCAACAACAACAACAACAACAGCAACAACAAUUAAACAAAGAUCUCAAGCUCGAAUACGCUACUAUCGAUGAACGCCGUUAUCUUUGCGAUCCUGAUGCACGCUAUUUUUUACCCUGCGACGAAGAGGAGUCGGAUCGCUUGGUGAUCAUGCAUUUCAUGCUCAAGUAUGCAUUUGGUGGGAAUUUUAAGGCCCCUAUUAGUGACAUACUUGGGAGCCCAGGGCGUCAUCGUGUCUUGGAUAUCGGCAAUGGACCUGGCACAUGGGUGCUCGAAAUGGCUAGUGAUUUUCCCAAUACAGUGAUCUACGGCAUUGACUUGGUGCCAAUGUUUCCCAACACCAUAAAGCCCAAGAAUGCAAAGUUUCUUCAUCACAACAUUCUCAAAGACUUGCCGUUUCCUGAUAACUCGUUCGACUACGUUCAUAUGAGAUUGAUGUUAUGCAACUUGACCCAAGCCCAGCUCGUCCACCUGCUUUCAGAGAUUAGUCGCAUCCUCAAACCAUCGGCAUUUGUGGAACUUGUUGACGUGGAAUACCGUGUACAACGUCCGGGACCUUUGACCGAGGCAUUGCUCAACAAGAAAUUGUACCAAACGAUGCGUUCACAUGAUGUGGAUUUUCAACUUUGCCAUCAGCUUUCAACACUCCUUAUGACACAAGGUGGCGGAUUCAUUGAUGUGAAUCAAGAUCGUGUUACCAUUCCCCUUGGAUGGGGUGGCCAAUUAGGUCAAAUUCAUGCACAAAACAUCGAAACCUUUUAUCAAACAUUGCAUCCGCUUAUUCGCAAUGCCACCACGCUGCCUGAACAUCCACAAGGUAUGACCGAAACAGUGGUGCGUCAAGCCAUGCUCGAAUGCCAAAAGUAUCAAUCCCAUCUCAAUUGGUAUACAUGGGUUGGGCAAAAACCUGCAGCCGAUCCAACAGCAGCACCUCCCACCCCAUCGACAACAAGCAACAUCAGUGCAGGCAGUGUUGUUGCCAUGUCACCUUCAUCAUCCACCUCCUCUACUACCGCAUCAUCCAACACCACAUCGACACGAGGACCCACCAACAACAAACGCAUGGUGAUGGCAGCAUCGGGUCCUGCUAUCGUUGAAGAAACGUGGGAAUCGAUCAAUGAGUUUAUCGACGGCUAUGUUGAGUAA